CCGUCAACGUUUCGUUCACUAAGCCAACAGACGGCAGCGUGUAAUGAUGUAAUACAGUGACACCUGGUGGUAGAAGAUUUUUUUUAUUUUUCACACUCAAGUCCUGGGCAAACUGAAACACCAAAACAUUUUCAACACUCGGACCAAUUGGUUCGGCAAUUUUGAUUUGAAUCGGUGUGUGACUCAUUUUCUACUCAAUCGUGUCGUGAGUGUGUGUGUGUGUGACAGCAUUUGUGAGUGGGAGGAAAAAUUUAAACUAAAUCAGUAGUUUUCUCUGCUCACAACUUGUUAAAACUAUUUUCAAAAAAAAAGACAUUCGGUCUCUCCCGAACGACGAUGACAUCCGCAUGUCUGCUGCUACUCGACUAACGCUGAUGUACGACAGCAGACAACACUGCGCGCCACCUUACACCGACAACGUGCACGACGCUGCAUCUGCUGCCCGGUUGGUGAAUCGCCAAUCCGACAAAAGGAACGUUGUGAGUGGAGUUUUGGAAGGUGGAUCGAGCAGAACGCUGGAAGAGGAAGAAGAAGAGAAUAACGAUUAUUACCAGCAUCGGAGACGGUUGCAUCUGCUGGACAAGAAGAAUCUGUCGAGUGGCCGGCGGAGUAGCAGCAGCACUGUCGAGCAGCAGCGGAAUUGUUAUCCAACCGGCCAGGAGAAGAACCAAACAGCCGCUGAGGAGGAGUCGACCAACAGGACUACUCCUGGCGGGCAGGCCGGCAGUAGUAGGCGGAAUCCUCCCCCACCACCACCAGUAACAAUUCCACCUGCCACCACAAUGUCGACCAAGAGCAUGGGUGGCGUUGGUGUUGGCCGGUCCAGCAGCAACAACAACAACAACAAUCCGACGACUGGAUUGUCUGACGACAGCCAGCAAUAUUGCCUGCGCUGGAACAAUCACCGCUCGAAUUUGCUGACGGUUUUCGAGCAGCUGCUGCAGACGGAAGCCUUUACGGACGUGACGCUGGCCGUCGGCGGGACUUCGAUCAAGUGCCACAAGAUGGUGCUGGCCGCUUGCUCGUCCUACUUCCAGUCGCUGUUCCUGGAGAACGCCUGCCCGCAUCCCAUCGUCGUCUUCAAGGACAUCCAGUACGCCGAGAUCCGGGCCAUCCUCGAGUACAUGUACCGCGGUGAGGUCAACGUCGCCCAGGAGCAGCUUCCGUCGCUCCUCAAAGUGGCCGAAGCCUUGCGAGUCAAGGGGCUCUUUGAGGACGACUCGCUCAAUGCUUCCGGCGGAGACCGAGAGCCGCUCUAUCCUCCACCGGCUUCUUCCGGCCUCUUGUCCAGCACGUCGGUCAACGUCACGGCAGGUGGAAUUGGUGGUGGUGGCGUCGGUGGCCAUCACGCCGGACCCGGCAGUCACGGUAGCAGUUCAGCCUCUCCUCCUCAGUCUACCUCAAUCAACGCUCAUCCACCCAUCAUCCGAUCUACCUCAGGUCACCAUUUGCCCGUCUCUUCCUCGUCGAGCUCAGCCGCGGCCGCCGCUUCAUCCGCAGACCGGAAUACCCCGUCACAUCGUUACCCGGGCAACGCUGCCGCCGGCGCCGGAUCGGCCGAGAACCACCACAACCAUCACCAUCAUCACCACAGUCGCAACAAGAGUCCCAGCCCGACUAGCCCGCCGGAACGAUCCAGCAGCAGCAGCCACAUUCGAGGCGAUCCGGAAUCAUCCUAUUCGCGUCAUCCAUCUUAUCUCUACAAAUCGCCACUGCUGAGCCCUCAGGGGAGCGAGCAAGGCGGAAGAGAUGAUCGCCGAGAUGGCGGCAGCAGCACUACCAACCGGGAUCGCGACAGCGCCGGAAGCGCCGGAAAUAACAAUCCGCUGAGCAUGUGGCCGCCGCUGGUGAUGCCACUCCAUUUGGGAGCCUUUGAAACGGCUCUGCGUGAGCGUGAGCAAGCGCUGGCUCUUUACGGAGCCAUCCAGCGCGGAAGCGGAUCGAACGCUGGUGGAGACGAUCGCGAACCCUCUAGCGGCAACGGACGCGGCGGCAAUGACCAUCACUUUGACAGCCGCCACAACGACAAUGGCGGAGGAGCGUCGAAGCGCAAGCGUUUAUCGAUCGCAUCCGGCGACAGCGAUCAAACUCCGUCGCUACUCCGCACCGUCCUCGGCCCCCAUCACGGCUCGUCGAAACACCACCAUCACGCCGACAUACCGGGACUGUUUCCCUUCCGUCUGAGCGCCGCAGCCGCAGCGGCUGCGGCCGCCGAAGGAUCGGGAUCGGCCGAUGAUCGCAAUCAUUUGAGCAGUUACCUUCCCAUGGCCAUGGCUUACGCCGAGAGACAAGCUGGCCGUGAUCGCGAUCGUGCCGAUGAUGAUUGGACACAGAAUCCUGACAUGAAUUCGGAAGACGAUCCCAGCGAAAUUAGCGGCGAAUAUGGGCAUCCUGUUCCCUCAUCGCCCUUGUCAGAUAAACGAGUGGACGCCUCUGGUGCUCGAAUUGCGGCUUAUGUGCCGACCCAGAAACUGGAAUGGAAACGCUACAAGCAGUACACCAACAGCGACAUCACGGCGGCCAUUGAGGCCGUCAAGAGCGGAAUGAGCGCCUUGCAGGCCUCUAGGAAAUUCAAGGUGCCGUCGCGCACUCUGUACGACAAGGUGAAGAAGCUGGGCAUCGCCACGACGCGGCCCUACAGUCGCGUGUCGUCGUCGACUUCAUCGUCGGCGGCGGCGGCGGCCAACGCGGCCGCCAAUUCGGCAGCCGCCGCUGCCGCCGCAGCCGCCGCUCUCAACGCGGCCAAUCAAAAUAAUUUCGCCGCUUCAACGGCGGCGGCACUGACGUCGGCCAUGGCGGCCGCCGCCAUGUCGCUGGUGAAACGCGAGCGCGGACCCGUCAUCCAAGUGGCCGGAAGCAGUCGUCACGAAGCGGCUGCCGCCGCGGCCAUUGUGGCGGCCGCCGCCAGCUCUGCGGGCAAUCAGGAUCGCGAGGAGGAUUUGCCGGAAUCGAAUUGCGGCCCGGCCGACUACAGCGAGGACAGCCGCCAGGAGAGUCCGGAGAAUUUGACGAUUGGCUCGUCGAAUCUCUCGACGUCAUCGCCCGGAUCUCACGGAUCGACGACGGCACCGACGCCGUCCUCUAACGGUAAGGACAUGAUCAAGAAGGAGACGCCGGAUUCGACUCCGACGCCACCGCCGGCUCCGCAAUCCCCUCCGCCCCGCCAGAGCAGCAAAUUCAGCGCCGGGGCUCGAGUGGGCGGCGCUUAUUUCGCCGUCCGUGACGAUCUCAACUCUACGACGACGACGACGUCGUCGAUCGCCGAAGUGGUGAUGGAUGAUCGCGGCGGAAGCGCCAGUCCUAACCCCAGUACCACGUGAAUGGAGAAAACUAAAAACUAAAACAAACGAAACAAAACAAAAUCAAUUUUCGUUUUUUUUUCUUAAACAAAAAUUAUUCACGCCAGAAUAAUUUUGGGCUAUAAUUGACGGAAGCCACAGAGAGAGAGAAAUACGAUUGGAUUGAACGGGUCUACACCCUCCCCCUUAUUUUGUUUUCUACUCCCCACCCCAAUAUGAUCCAGUCCCGAUUCAAAAAGACAAAAAACUCAGGUUUCGUGUGUCUUGGUAACGCACGUCGUAUCAUCUUCUUCUUCUUUCACUACUUCUUUUCCCAUGUCUUUUUUUUUGUAUGGUUGUCUGAGAGAAACAGAAAACAAGAGUUUGAGUGUGUGCGUGUGUGUGUCAUUUGUGUGUGUGUGUGUGUGCAAAAGUGACACACAAUUAACUCUUCCCUCCCCCCUAUUUCCCUCACGACAACUCUACCUCAGUAAAAACCAUUUUUCCCCUCUUUCAAGUAAUUACGUAACAAAUAAUUACAUUUCAUUGGCUUUCCGGCACACUGCCCGGUCAUUUAUAAGACUCCCGCCAUUGUUUCAAGUUUUUAUGAGCGGGAUCGUAGAAGUUU